AUGGCGCAGCAAAAGGCUCUUGGCGUAGACCCCCCGUCGUCCCCCGCCGCCUCCGCCUCACCGGGAUGCGCCGUGGGUGAACUCUUCGUCACGCUACGUCUGAAGGCAGGGGGCAGUAGUGGUCAGUCUGGGGUUCCUACUGGGUCAUACCACUACACCUUCCAUGGAGACCCCCACGCCACCUUCGCAUCCUUCUUUGGCGGCUCCAACCCCUUCGACAUGUUCUUCGGACCGCACCGCAACCACCACAACCGCUCCAACGGCGUCCACUCCAAGGUCCCCAACGACCAUGACAUGGAAACAGACUUGGAUGAGGAAGACCCCUUCGCCUCUUUCACACACUUCGGCUUCCCCGGGGGGGUCAACGGCUUCCCUGGCCAUGGCGGGGGCAGGAGGAGGGGGGUGCAAUCGGAGCGUUUGGGGGGGUCCAGGAGGCAGCAGGACCCCCCAGUCGUCCACGAGCUGAAGGUGUCUCUGGAGGAGAUCUUCCAUGGUUGCACCAAGCGGAUGAAGAUCACCAGGAGGAGGCUGAACCCUGAUGGCAGGAGCAGCCGGACGGAGGACAAGAUCCUGAACAUCGUGAUAAAGAGGGGAUGGAAGGAGGGCACCAAGAUCACCUUCCCUAAGGAGGGGGACGAGACCCCAGAGAACAUUCCUGCAGACAUCGCCUUUGUGCUCAGAGACAAAGGACACGCCCACUUUAGGAGGGACGGCGCCAAUAUCAUCUACACAGGCAAUAUCAGUCUGAAGGAGGCGCUGUGUGGCUGUACGUGAACAUUCCACCCUGGAUA